AAGCUUUUAUAUUGAAACUGGUUUUUGUAGUGUCGUCAGAGAGCUGUGUUCACAUAAUCGUGUUUACUAAAAUCCAAAACAUUCAGUGACUUUUAAUGUAAUUUUGCGUGGUAAAUCUACCAAAUACUGUACAACAGAAAUGAGCGGAUUAACAAGUAACAUCUGAAAUUCUUGACUUCAAGAACAGCAGUUAAAUGACUACAUCAUGGACAUUAAAUUCCCCAAACAAGAGCACUUGGACAGAAUUCCUCUCCCUCUGUCCGCCCUGCGCUUCUUGGUCCCUCCUGUACGCCUCAUGUCUGCCUUCAUGUGGAGAAUUGUGCAGCAGAAGGAUGUGAUGCAGUAUGGGAUGCUGGCAGAUUUUGUUUCAUUGGUGUCAGAGGCAGUUCCAAAAUUGGUUAUUCGUAGACUUGGAGUUCAACUCAUUUUAGGACUGCGUGCAAGGCUUGUUUUGGAGUUGUGUGAGAGAGACAAUGCUGCUGACAUGCACACAAUCCAUACUCACCUCAACAGCAUUCAACUCGUGGAUAACACUGUGGUGGGAGAAGCAGGUGUUUGUUUUGUGGAGCUGGUCCAAACACUUAUUAAAGAUGUGGAUGAGAAGGAGCAUUUCUUCCAGCGCGUGUUUCCAGUGGAUUUCGGCACUGACUUUGACGCAGCCAUUCGGGUCCUGAUGUGGCAUUUCCUGUCUAGGCUGGAGCACUUCCUGCCAAUCCCUGACCUCCAGCAGACUCUGGCUUGGCUUGAUCCACUGUUGCCUGUUUCAAAAGACUGUGAGGAGUUCAAUAGUCAGUCAGAUCACGUAAAGAUACUGCUUGAGCACUACAAGAACCUUGGACAUCUAGAUACCAAAUACCCUUGUCAGCCCAUGAGUGCAGGAAAUUGCAUCCUGUCCACACUCUCUGGUAAAGCGAGUGACAUCCAUCAGAAGAGAGUAGGUCACGUUCAGAUGUUCGACAGACAGACCUUGGACUACAUUCAGAAAAGCGUCGCGGAGUCAGUAGUAGGAGCAUCUGAAUGUACAGAGACUCUGGUAGGACCGGAUGAUGAUGGAGAGCAUCUUGUUACAGAAUCGGAGUGUGCAAGAGCCGUGGCUUUGAAUGAUUCUGUGCUAACACUUCCAGAAGACCACAAUUCUACAGAUGUAAUAGAGGAAUCAGACUCUAAUACUGAACAGUCAGAGUUCCUGUCUUCUCCUUUGUCUACACAACCAGUGCCUGAAGACAGUGCUGUACCCAAAAUACUUGUAAGCAUGCGCAGAUCUGCACAGAAGCCUGUUAUCUCAGAAAACAAGGGUGACCCUGUGGAGUCUGACGUGUACAGAGACUCUGGUAGGACCGGAUGA